CACACACGACACACACAACACGCCGUUGAGCGCACCACGCGUGUGUCGCAAUGCAGAGCGUGGGGGUGGCGUCACCGUGCGUGCCCCCUGCAACCAGCCAGGCCACGCCCCUCACCUGCAGCUCACUCGAGGGGGCUUCAUUCUCAGUGUGACCGCAACAAAGCCACUGAGUCGUGGGCCUUGGUCUUUAACCCCCCCCGUCUGUCGCAUUAUUCAUAGCCACCUCAUUGAACGCGGACGGCGAGCGAUUCUGGUUGUCUCCUGCUCCUGCCGUUUGUUCUUUGAUGAUACACUUAGUUGGGUUUUUAUUUUAUACUUGUACGCUUCUGCUUGCGACGACGACGACGAUGAGGUUUUGGCUGAGCGAGCCGGUUUGACUUGACGUCCUGAUAAAAGUCGCAGCAACUGCAGCAGCAGCAGCCUCCACACCGCCUUCGCUGUGAGCCAAUGAAGUCCCUAGGGAUCUGCUGCGUCCUCGCUGCGGCGGGGAGCGUCGCCUUCACCCUGCUGCUGCUCAGAGGAUACGGCGAGCCCAGCGCGGUCCUCGUGAGUGCCGCGGGGAGAGCGGUCGACUCGACGACCGCCCCCGCCGUGUCGCAUGAGCAGGUGCUCUUCAAAUGCGGGCUGACGGCCCCGUGCCCGCCCGGCCACUUCUCCUUCAAGGUCGCGAGCGGAGCGGCGAACGUCCUCGCAAGCAAGAUCUGCUGGGAGGACGCGAUCGUCACGAUGCCAGCUCUGAGCGAGAUGCAGGGAGGUCUCAGUGUGGUGCUCAUCAAUGGAAUGAAUGGGGAAAUCAUGGACAGGAGGAUAUUUAAUUUGUACUCGGGAGACCCCGAGGAGUGCCUGCGGCUGCUGAGAGCGAUAGAGGAGAAGACCAUCGUGGUGGUGGCCUCGUUCGAUGACGUCGCGACCUGCAUGGACAGCGAGAUCAGAGACAUCCUCUCGGAGCUGGGAAGCACGCAGUCCAAGUCGCUCAGGUUCCGAGACAGCUGGGUCUUUCUCGGAGCCAAGGGCGUGAACGGACAAAGUCCCUUUGAGCAGCUCGUCGAAAACAACAUGAGAAACAACGCGUACGCCGGCUGGCCGGCCAGGGCGGAGGUCGCUGGCUGCGUUCCCCAGUUCCGACCCUGACGGGAGAUGAGGAAUUCCCCCAUCGCGUGCCUCCAAAUGCCUCGAUCGCCCACCACCCGUGACUUUCCGUGUCACGGCCUCCAAAUCCAAAGUAAAAAAAAA